GUUACAUCUCUCUGCCUCUUUAAAAGCACUUUAGUUUUCCAUCAGAGUGAGUCAGAAGAGGAACUCCACUGAGGAACUCCAGCAAGACUUCACGCAUAAAAGCUUUAGGAUGCGCACACAAGCCUCGCAACCACACCAGCUCCUUUUGCACACAUAAAUUAUGGGAUGUGCAACUAACACCAGUUGACAAGGGGACACUUGGAUAGAGAGUGCGCGUAAAGCAUGGCUUGGAUACGCACAUGUUUUUUCCUGUCUUGUGUUGGGCAGGUGUCGGCAAAUCCACCGACUGAGACAAGGAUUUAUUUGGAUAACAUUACGCGCAUUUUGGAUAGGUUGUUAGAUGGAUAUGACAACAGACUCCGACCUGGUUUUGGAGGUCCUGUCACAGAGGUUAAAACGGACAUAUUUGUCACCAGCUUUGGUCCUGUUUCUGAUGUGGAAAUGGAAUACACAAUGGAUGUGUUUUUUCGGCAAACAUGGAUUGAUGACCGGCUGAAAUUUGAGGGCCCCAUUGAGAUCCUGCGUCUCAACAACCUAAUGGUCAGCAAUAUCUGGACACCGGACACUUUCUUCCGAAAUGGCAAACGUUCUAUUUCGCACAACAUGACCACUCCCAACAAGCUGUUCCGCAUCAUGCAGAACGGAACUAUUCUGUACACCAUGAGGUUAACCAUCAAUGCAGAGUGCCCCAUGCGAUUGAUAAAUUUCCCAAUGGAUGGACAUUCAUGCCCUUUGAAAUUUGGCAGCUAUGCCUAUCCAAUGAGUGAGAUUGUUUACACAUGGAAGAAAGGACCAUUAUUUUCAGUGGAAGUUCCUCAAGAGAGUUCCAGUCUACUACAGUAUGAUCUCAUUGGACAGACAGUGUCUAGUGAGAGGUUGAAGUCAAACACAGGUGAAUACAUAGUCAUGACAGUGUACUUCCACCUGCAAAGGAAAAUGGGUUUCUUCUUGAUCCAGACAUACAUCCCUUGCAUUAUGACUGUGAUCCUAGCACAGGUCUCCUUCUGGAUUGACAAAGAGUCAGUACCUGCCAGAACUGUGUUUGGCAUCACCACAGUGCUAACCAUGACCACGCUGAGCAUUAGCGCCCGUCAUUCGUUACCAAAGGUCUCCUAUGCCACCGCCAUGGACUGGUUCAUCGCCGUCUGCUUCGCAUUUGUCUUUUCCGCCCUUAUCGAGUUUGCUGCUGUCAACUAUUUCUCCACCUUGCAGGCCAAUAAGGAACUUCGGCGGGCCAACUUGGCCUGUGCUGCGGCCCAAGCAGCGGCCAAAAGUGACGGAGAAGCCGUUUCGAAUCCUCUAGACCCUGGAGGUGUGUUGAAGAAAAGGCUGAACUCCCUCUCCCAAAGAGAUGCUCCUGACAGGUUCUCCAGACCACCCCAGUGUGAGUUCCAUCAGCAUGGUUCCACUUUCCCUGCCAACAACAUGCUGAUAGGAACUAGUAUUAUUGACAAGUACUCACGCAUCCUCUUUCCUCUGUCCUUUGGGGCCUUCAACCUGGUCUACUGGAUUGUCUAUCUCACCAAAGACACUAUGGAGUCCAGGGAAGUGUGA